AGCUUGAGAAUAUCGUCAAACUGUAGGCAGAGGACGCCGAGUCAAGAUGGGUGUCAGAGAAGGCCCGUCACUUUUCACUGCGGUGAUAGUGAUUUUUUACAUUUAUUUUGUGAGUGCUCAGCGUGAUCCCAUUCCAAAAAUUCAAGUUGUCGAUGGAGGAUUGUCUCCGCCUUAUUUCAAUCUUGCAGACAAUCGACGAAUUUACGCCUCAGCCACGUGCGGAGAAGAUGUCACUGGACCCGAAUUAUAUUGUAAACUGGUUGGCAGCAGCACAAGUAAUUUGGAUCCUGGUGAAGAUAUCAACAUUAUCAAAGGACAGAUUUGCGACACAUGUGACCCAUCAGAUCCUAAACGAAGCCAUCCGGCUUCCAAUGCCAUUGAUGGUACCUCCAACUGGUGGCAGAGCCCGCCCAUGUCUCGUGGAUUGAAAUACGCCGCGGUUAACUUAACUAUCGACUUGGGACAGGAAUUUCACGUCGCCUAUGUUUUCAUCAAAAUGGGAAAUUCGCCUCGACCUGGAGUCUGGAUAUUAGAACGUUCCACUGAUAAUGGAAUUACGUAUGCGCCGUGGCAGUAUUUUGCUGACACAGUAAGUGACUGCGUUGAUCUGUUUGGGCCCGAGACGAUCGAUCCUAUUUCGAGAGACGACUCUGUCAUUUGUGAAACACAGUUUUCGAAAGUAGUACCACUGGAAGACGGAGAGAUUGUUGUAUCACUGCUAAAUAACCGCCCAUCCUCUACAAAUUUCUACAAUUCGACGGUUCUACAAGAAUGGACAAAAGCAACAAAUAUCCGGAUGAGACUUUUGCGUCCGAAAACGUUGCUUGGUCAAUGGAUCAACUUUUCUCGCAACGAUUUUACUCUAACUCGUCGGUUUUUCUAUUCAAUCCGUGAUAUUUCGAUUGGUGGACGAUGUGUUUGUAACGGACAUGCUGAAUCUUGUGACAUUACUGAUCCCGAAGACGCUUACAAAUUACUAUGCCGUUGCCAGCACAACACGUGUGGAGCGCAAUGUGAACGAUGCUGUCCAGGAUUCGUUCAAAAAGCCUGGAAGCAGUCUAAGGCGUACGAUCCGUUCUCUUGCGAACCGUGCAAUUGCUUUGGACAUACUGACGAGUGUUUGUACAAUCCGGAUGUCGAUCGUUUGGGCACUUCAUUGGAUAUCAACGGUCAAUACGAAGGUGGAGGUGUGUGCCAAAAUUGUCGCCACAACACACAAGGCAUCAACUGUAACGAAUGCAAGCCAACGUUUUACCGUCCUUAUGAUAAACCUCUUAAUGCUACCGACGUAUGCCAACCAUGCCAGUGCGACGACUUUUUCUCGACUGGAAAUUGUGCGGAAGGUAGCGGUCAAUGCGAAUGUCGACCCGAGUUUCUCUCCCCACUUUGUGAUCAAUGUAGUUUCGGCUAUUACGGAUACCCACAAUGCCGACCCUGCGAUUGUCAUACUAACGGAACUCGCGAUAAUGUCUGCGAAGUUGGCGGAGGCCAAUGUCCCUGCAAAUAUAACUAUGCCGGAAAUAAUUGCGACCAGUGCGCUGAAGGCUACUUCAACUUCCCCGAAUGCACACCGUGUCAGUGUGAAGCUCCAGGAUCAAUCUCUGAUGCUUGUGAUCUUGAGAAUGGUCAAUGCCAGUGUGAUCAUAACUUCGGAGGGCGGGCCUGCGAACGUUGUGAACACGGCUUCUUCAAUUACCCGACUUGCACAUACUGUAACUGCGAUCCUCGAGGAACUGUCAAGGAAGUUUGUGAUAAAGAAAACGGCCAAUGUAUCUGCAAACCAGGAUAUGGAGGACCUCGAUGCGACCAAUGUCAGCCAAGUUACUGGGGCCAUCCAGAAUGUAAGACGUGCAGUUGUAGUGAUUCUGGUAGUGCUUCCAGCAUUUGUACACCAAACGGCAAGUGUCCCUGUUUGCCAAAUUUCUCCGGCCGUGCUUGCGACCAGUGCAGUCCCGGCUAUUACAAAUACCCAGAGUGCCUCAGUUGCAACUGCGAUACAUCGGGAUCAUUGGGUGUUUCUUGCGAUGAUGAAGGACGUUGUCAGUGCCGCAGUAACUUUGAUGGACCCCGAUGCGAUCGUUGUCGUGAGGGUUUUUACAACUAUCCCGCGUGCGAGGAUUGCAAUUGUGAUCCGGCUGGUGUUGUCGAGGCGUUUGCUGGAUGUGGUUCUGUACCCAAGGGUGAAUUGUGCAAAUGUAAAGAGCGUGUUCAGGGACGCAUUUGCAACCAAUGCAAGCCACUCUAUUGGAACAUGCAAACCAAUAAUCCAUUAGGAUGUCAAGAUUGUGACUGCAUUGUUGCUGGAACGAUUGGUUCUCUACGUGUGUGCGGAUCCGAUAACGGACAAUGUUCUUGCAAAUCACGAGUGACCAGUCGACGCUGCAGUGAUUGUACCGACGGCUUCUUUAACUUACAAGAAGAUAAUCCGUUUGGCUGCAUGGAUUGCGGCUGCAAUAUCGGUGGUUCGGUAAGCUCUUUGUGCGAUAAGACAACUGGUCAAUGUGUUUGUCGCCAACGAAUUCAGGGAAGAUCUUGCGAUGAACCACUUCAAUUGCAUUACUUCCCUACCCUAUAUCAAUAUCAAUAUGAGGCUGAAGAUGGAUACACACCUACCCGUUCACCUGUCCGAUUCGGUUACGAUCAGGGUCAAUUCCCUGGCUACUCUUGGCGUGGUUAUGCUGUCUUUUCGCAAAUCCAGAACGAAAUUCUCCAAGAGUUUAUGAUUGAGAAGCCUUCACUUUAUCGUAUGAUUCUACGUUAUGUCAAUCCAAACGAAGAGACAGUAAUGGCAAAGGUCAAGUUAUCGCCAGAGAACUCGAACGAUGCCGAACAAACGUAUCUGGUUCGCUUAGAACCAACGCGAGAACCUCAGUUCGUAACUGUCGCUGGACCUUCUGGCAACCUUCCUACUCCAUUCAUCUUGAAUCCGGGAAUAUGGACAGCUUCGAUCGCUACGAACAAGAGUCUUCACCUUGACUACUUCGCACUUUUACCUGCUGCAUAUUAUGAAGGAACAAUUCUUCAAGAACGGGUUCUUAAACCCUGUCUUCAUCUCGAUCAACAACAAGGAUCAUGCCGUCAAUUUACUUAUGCGAGCCUAGAAUCUUUUCCUAGUGUUCGAGGCGAUGCAGCCUACACACUUGUUGACGAUAACGCCGCCCCUGCCACGGUCAUUACAGAUUCACGGUUGAUUACUGAUGCUGUUGCUCUGAGCGACAGUCAACAGGAAAUUCACAUGGAUCUUGGAGUUUCCCGAGCAGGGAACUACGUCCUUGUCUUAGCUUAUGUAACAUCUGGUCAAGGCAGGCGUACUUACAUCGAGGUAGACGUUCACACAGGCAAGGAACGUCGUCAACAAGGCGUCGCCAUCUUGUACGAUUGCACUCUGCGAACCAGUUGUCGCCAAGUGGUAACUGACAGCGACGGUAAAAUUGCUGAUUUCCAUUUGGGAACAGAUGUCAACAACAAUGUAAUAAUCCGCAGUGCGUCUAUUAAUGAAGAAGCCGAUGCAGCCAUUGAUUCCAUCAUUGCUAUCCCUUCUGCGGAAUGGUCCCUCGAUUAUGUCCAGCCUAAAGCGGUGUGCAUACAACGUGACGGAAAAUGUGUUCCUGGAAAUUUCCCUGCUGCCUCCGAUUCUACCCGCGUGGAGUUUGAAAGUGGCAAUAUUCAUCAAGCCACAAACAAUCUUCCUGAAGAAAUCUAUGAUGAAAAUGUUGGUUUAAUUUAUCUUGAUAUGAAGGAGCCAAUGGUGGACGUAACUGGUAAAGUCCCUCAUGCUGGUUACUAUGUUUUCAUCGUUCAUUACUAUCAGCCAACUCAUCCCCAAUUCGAACUUGAUGUUUUGCUGCAAAACGGACAGUUCUAUGAAGCAAAAUUACCAACCACUCUUUGCCCGUCUAAUUCCGGAUGUCGCUCGGUCAUCAAACAAGCUAAUGGUAAUCAGGCGUUCCAGAUUCAAGAAAAUUUCAUCUUGACUCUCAAAUCACCAGCCAACAAGACCGCCUGGGUCGACUACGUCUAUGUUGUCCCAGCUGACGAGUACACUCCAGCACUUCUGGAGGAAUCGCCUAUCGAUUUAACUGCCGAAUUCAUCGCCCGUUGUGGUCGGAACAACUUCCAAGUGGACCGCAGUUCUCCCGAUUUCUGCCGACAAGCCAUUUUCACCUUGACAACCGAAUUCAACAGUGGGGCUCUUCCUUGUCAGUGCGAUUUCCAAGGAUCGCUCAGCUUUGAAUGCGACCCGUUCGGUGGCCAGUGCCCGUGCAAGUCUGGUGUUAUCGGCCGUCAGUGCAGCCGUUGUCAAACUGGCUAUUUCGGUUUCCCCGAUUGCAAACCAUGCGACUGUCCUUCCACAGCCCUUUGUGAUCCAGCCUCUGGCUCUUGCAUUUGUCCUCCACGUGUAACAGGCGCUCGGUGCGAUCAAUGUGUGGCCAACACGUACGGUUACGAUCCAAUUAUUGGUUGUGAAGAAUGUAGCUGCAAUGCUCAAGGUGUCCACCAAGGCAAUCUCCAGUGCGAAUCUUCUACUGGCCAAUGCCAGUGUAAGCACAACGUUGUCAGCCGCAAAUGCGAUCGCUGCGCUUUCGGAUAUUGGGCUUUCCCGUACUGCCAAUUGUGCAACUGCGAUGUUCGAGGUUCGGCUGAAGAAAUAUGUGACCAAGACACGUCUAGUUGCUUUUGUAAAGAGAAUGUAAUUGGGCCGUCUUGCGACACUUGCUCUUCCGGCACAUUCAAUCUGCAAGAGUCUAAUCCGCGUGGUUGUAGCAAAUGUUUCUGUUUCGGCAAGACUGCUACUUGCACAACUUUGCAACUCUUCCGCUCGCACGUCACAGACAUGAAAGACUGGACGGCUGCUGCUAUCGUUCUUGGUCUUGUCGGUUCACGCCGUAGUGUCGAUCAAGUUCAAUCCUACGAUCAAAUGAUUCGGGCAGUCCUCACCGACUUCCUACCCGAGGAUGGCUCUUUUUACUUUUCGGCUCCAUUAACCUAUUUGGGCAAUAAGCUGACUUCUUACGGAGGAAAUCUUAAUUACACUAUAGUUUACGUCGCUGGAACGGCUGGAUACACUGUAACCGCCCCCGACAUUAUCCUGAUUGGAGGCGAUUUCACCCUGUACCAUUUCGGACAUGAAACACCAUCGUCAUCUGUCCCAUUGGCCGUCAGUGUUGAAAUUAACGAAAGAAACUUUGUCUUACCGUCUGGACUUCCAGCAUCUAGAGAGAACCUUUUAGUGGCCCUUAAGGAUGUCCGUGGUCUUUACAUCCGUGGAUCUUAUUCGGACCCAACUCGCGAAGCUCGAUUGUCGUCGGUAAUUAUGGAAAUUGCGGUCAAGGAGCUCAUUGACGACGCUGAUGUUGCAGUUGCUGUGGAACAGUGCAAUUGCCCAGUGAAUUAUCAAGGAACUUCGUGCGAAGAUUGUGCUCCCGGUCAUUUCAGGGCUCAUACCGGACCAUAUGGUGGCUUCUGUGUUCCAUGCCAAUGUCACGGACACAGCGACACAUGUGAUCCAAUAACUGGAAAAUGUUUCAACUGCAAACACAAUACCGUUGGAGAUCACUGCGAAAAAUGUGAUAUUGGUUACCAAGGUGAUGCAACCCAAGCAACGCCUUCAGACUGUUUGAUCUGCGCCUGUCCACUUCCAAUCGAGUCAAACAAUUUCGCCUUAACGUGUGAUUUUUCACCGGCUGGGGACGAAAUCGCUUGCCAAUGCAAACCUGGAUAUACUGGCCCGCUGUGCGAAUCCUGCGCUCCAGGAUUCUAUGGACGCCCUGAAACUGUUGGCGAUUUCUGCAAACCUUGCAAUUGCUCUAACAACAUUGAUGUCAAUGAUCCUCAAGCAUGUGAUUCUGUCACCGGUGAAUGCUUAAAAUGUUUGAAUAAUGCCUACGGACCCGCUUGCGGUCUGUGUGCUCCAGGCUUCUAUGGUGAUGCAGUUGAACUUAAGGAUUGCCAGGGCUGCCACUGUGACGAGUGUGGAACGAGCCAAUGCAGCAGUUUCACUGGCGUUUGUGAAUGCCAACCCAAUGUUAUUGGUGAAAAGUGUGACCGCUGCGCACCCGAUCACUACGGAUACAAUUCUUGUCGUGGAUGUCGAUCCUGCAGCUGUGCUGACGCAUCUGAAGGAAGCCAAUGCGACGAUAAUACUGGACAAUGUAGAUGCCGUCCAGGAGCUGCUGGUCGUCAUUGCGAGCGCUGCGCAUCAGGAUUCUGGAAUUAUGGUCCGGGUGGUUGCCAAUCUUGCAACUGUAACGAAGAUUUUGCCAUCGGAGUUGGGUGUAACCCUGCCACAGGCCAGUGUGCUUGUUUGCCUGGUGUUAUAGGCGAUAAAUGUGAAGCGUGCCCAUAUCGCUGGGUUUUAGUUCCCGAUCAAGGUUGCUUUGAGUGCGAUUCAUGCACGCAUAAUCUCUUGGAUGUGACUGACGAACUGAGGGUUAUGAUCGACCCUAUCGCCGGCGAAUUCCAAACAGUCGCAUUGACUUUCUUUACUCAUCAGAAACUUGCUUCCAUAAACCAGUCUGCGUUGGAUUUAAGAGCUGAAGUUGGAAACUUGGAUGUUUCUCAGAUACAGUUUGGGCCACUAGAAGCGGUCACAGUUGAAUUAGAGGCAACAUCUCGUGGUCUGAAAAUAAAAUCCGGCUACAUCGAGGAGGAGUCUAUGGAAAAAGCCGGUGAUGCCAAUAAGGCGCUUAUCGAGUCCAUCGAAGUGGAGAAGCUUAUUCAAGAGGCUGUGCAGAAAUCUCGUUCCAUUAUUGGUGAGGUUGCUCUUCUAGCUGAAAGUUUGGAAGGUGGAGCAGGACCUCAGAUUGACAAAGCAUUGGGUGAAGCUCAAAAUAUGCUACAAGAAAUUCGCUCAAGAAACUUCCAACAAAGACAAAGUGGAUCCGAUCAUGAACUACAAGAAGCUAUCAGCUUACUGGGCAAAAUGAAAGAAGAAGCGCUACCUAUUCGCGACAACAACUUGUUGCUUGUUAAUCUUACUGCUCGGCUGAAUGAUCUAAUCAGCCGAGUAAUAGAUUUGAACAAUAACAUUGACAACUCAAAGGAAAACGUCAAAAUGGCUGACAAGCUGACCAGCGCAAAUCGUGCCUCGUCUUCUUUAGGUGCAGUGGCCGAUAUCCAGCAGCGCAAUUCAACUGCAAGCGCACAUUUGAAGAAUUGCGCUCAACUUUUAGCGAAUGCUACAGCUUUGAUGGAAACGGCCAAAAUGAAGCUUGAUCAACUAAAAUUGGAUAUCGAUCGUGUUAUGACUUCAAAAGAUAAACUCCAUGAAAAUGUCGAGCAGAAAGAAACUGAUUUAGCCGAAUCACGAAAAAUCCUUUACGAUGCACAGAUCCACGCAACCAAGCUCGGAGACCAAGCAGCUGGAUUGGACGAAAUGUUGACCGACACUCGCCAAACUUCAGAGAAUGCCGUUGCUGCUGCCAAUUCCUACAAGAACAUUGUUGAUGCAAUUGACGAAGCCAUUAAAGCAGCUGAACAGGCAACAAAUGCAGGUCUGAACGCUACACAACUUUCAGCGGGAGUUGGUGAACGAGCGCAAUUGUCACAUCAACGAUCGGAAGAAUUAUUGGCACAAGCUCGAGACGCACUUCAACGUACCCAGACUAUGCUGAAACCACGUUUAAUGGCUGCAGAAACACUAGCCAAUUUGGUGGAAGAGAAUAAUCAACGCACUGCUGAAGGUCUGAAAUCUGUUAACGACGCAUUGGAUAAAAUCGUUCCCAGCGGCAAUGCAAAGGAAAAUGGUAGGAAAGCUGCUGAGACAAGCACUGCUGCUCAACAAGGUGGCUCUGAAGCUUCAAUGAAAAUCCAAGAGAUCACCAAUAAAAUCCCGAUGCAAAGAGAUCGAACCAAUCAGCUUGCUCGCGAUAUUGAUGCUGUUGGCAAGAGUACGACAUUUUCAUUGUCGAAUCUGGAACGGCUCAACUCGGUGUUGCCUGAUCUUCGCAAUCUACUGACUCGCACAAAAGAGAAGCAAGCUGUUUUGAGCGAAAUGGGCAAGGAUUUGUCAGCUAAACUGGCCGAACUCCGACAGAAAACGGCAUUAGCCCGCGAUCAAGCAAAUCGCAUUACAGUAGGAGUCACUUUCUACCACAAUUCAACCCUACAGUUACGCAAUCCAGAAGGUCUUUCCCGCGCAGCCACGGCCAAUCAAUUUUCGCUAUACUUCCGAACAUCUGAAUCGAAUGUCUUCCUGGCCUACCUUGGUAACGAGGUCGGGACUAGCAAGAAACUUCGACGAACUCGUUCUGACGAUUUCAUGACUCUUGAAGUCCGUAACGGAUACUUGACCCUGACAACAGAUCUCGGAUCUGGUCCUCAGACUAUUUUGAAUGAUCGUUACGUGUCCGAUAACGUUUGGUACCAGGCUAUUGUCCAGCGGACAGGAAAAUCGGUCCGACUGACAGUACGGGCAGAAAAAGAAGCCGGAGAAGAAGAGAUUACCACCAAAGACGCUGUUUUGCCGGGAACCUUUUCCGUAUUCAAUUUAGACCAAGACUUGUCCAAAUUCUUCAUCGGUGGAUACCCCACUGCAGCUAAAAUCCAGCCUACGGUCCUCUACGCUUCUUUCCGCGGAGAAGUCGAAGAGGUUAUGGUCGGUGACACGGUAGUUGGACUGUGGAACUUCGUAGAUGCCAACAACGUUUAUGGGGCCAUCGAACGAGACAAACUGAAAAAUUUGCAAGAGAGCACUGGUUAUCGUUUUGACGGCGAAGGUUAUGCCACUCUAGAUCGAAAAUCUUAUCGUUUCCGUGACCGAGUUGAUGUUCAAUUGAAAUUCAAGUCUAUGGCUGACAACGGUUUACUCUUCUUGGCUGGAAAGGGCAAAGAAUUUAUGUCAAUUGAACUCAACAAGGGUAAAGUGGUAUUCCGGUAUAAUCUUGGCGACGACACUGUAACAUUGAAGUCACCUGAGAGAUACAAUGAUGACAAGUGGCAUACAAUCGAGGCUGUUCGACGAUUACGCGAUGGAAUUCUCAAGGUUGAUGGGGCGGAUGUGGCCCAAAGAUCCAGUACGAUUGGUGACUCUGACUUGUCAAUUACCAAUUAUAUGUAUUUCGGUGGCUACCCUGGUGAACAUCGAUUCGAAGAUGUUACAAAUGUCGAUUUUGACGGCUGCAUUGACGAAGUCCAGAUUUCUGGAACACCGGUUGAUCUGAGUCAGAAUGUCGAAGCCUUUGGAGUUAUUUCUGCAUGCCCAGUCAAGGUGGCUAAUGUCGUCUCGUUCAAUGAAGCUGGUACCGGAUACGUCUCUCUACCCGGCGUCAACAUCGAAAACUUUGCUCAAGUUAGCCUCAAGUUCAAGACCAAACAAGAUAAUGGUUUGGUCUUUUACAUGGCCAACGAAGAUCAGACCAACAGACUUUCUCUGUCUAUGUUGGAUGGCGCAUUGGUUAUGCGAGCGUCUCCAGGUGGCGAUGUCUCUUCUGAAGGACCCACUAAACUCAACGAUGGCCAAUGGCAUGUGGUUACUGCAACUGCUGAUGGCUCACAGAUUAGCCUCGUCGUGGAUGAUUUCGAUGUUUACACGCUUGAUACACCCAACAGUCCCUUAGUAAUCCCGGCUACGCCCAUCUACUUUGGUGGAGUACCCGACAGAUUUGCUUUGGCCCCUGGUGCCUCGGCUACCGAUUCGUCAUUCUCUGGCUGCAUCGGUGAUACUACCAUUAACGGCAAGUUGAUCAAUUACGCCUCUUCCACCGGAAAUCAAGGAGCCUCUGUUGCCAAAUGUCCACUUCCUGAUGCACAUGGACCACCUACUUUGAAACCUAAACGAAUCGAUGAUGAAGAUGCCUCACCUUCUGUUGAAUCAGUUCCAACGGAAUCGGUACCAUUGGAACCUGUACCCGAAGAGGAAUUACCUGUAGAACCAGAAAUUUUGGUGCCAGUAACCCAACCCAGCAGACCUGUAACUGAAGCCACGACAGAAGCAGAAGUAAUCACGACAACCACUGAAGCCAUUCCAGUUACCACAACAACUGCUCUUCCAGAAACCACAACUAUUCCUAUGGGUCAGUGCCGCCUUCCGAUCCAACCUGCAGAUGAUCCUGAUGUCGAUGAUAACAGUGGCACUCGAUUUGGCAAUGUCAAGUUUAGCCGACACGAGUACAAUGCACUACCUGGGCGCCAUCGACAAAAAUCAGAAUUGUCGAUUGAGUUCAAAACUUCUGAACCCGAUGGUAUCAUCUUCUACGCUGCAGAAAACCGUCACAUUGACUACACAGCACUUUACCUUAAAGACGGAAAACUCCACUUUUCUUUCAACUGCGGCACCGGGCCUGCUCUGCUUACCAGCCCUGAAACUUAUAACGAUGACGAGUGGCACACAGUUAUGUUCAAUCGUGAUCGUCAAAACGGCACUCUUGUUGUCGACGACCUCGUCGUCGCCGAAGGAAGCUCACCCGGCAAUACACAGACCAUCAACGUUGAUCAACCUCACUAUCUCGGAGGAAUCUCACCUGAAGUUCUUAACAAUGCUCGCCAUAACUUCAAGGGUGUUGAAGGAGGCUUGAUUGGAUGUUUGAGAAAUUUCCGAGCCAGCUCCCGUCCAGCUGGAGAUCCAAGCUAUAUCGAGGGCACUGAACCUUGUUCAUCCAAAGUGGAGAGUGGAUCAUUCUUUGCUGUUGAAGGGGGUUACAUCAAAGCUGUUGAGAAUUUCCGUGUGGGUUUGGAUAUCGACAUUAGCAUGGAAAUCAAACCACGUAGUACAUCAGGCAUUCUCAUGUCCGUACACGGUCGGCGUGAUUUCCUUCUUCUGCAAAUGGUUAACGGCGCUCUCAUCUUUAGCGUUGACAAUGGACGAGGGCCGAUUGUGGCGACCUACAUUCCUCCUCACGAACAUCACAUGUGUGAUGGAAAAUGGCAUUACGUUCAAGCCAUUAAGGCGAAGAAUGUAGUGACGCUUUCGGUAGAUAAUGUAUUCGUCGAGCCAGGAAUAGGAGUGGCUGGUGUGUCAUCUACUGACACAAACAAUCCGCUUUUCGUCGGUGGACACCCGAACCCGAGCAAGCCGCGCGGAAUAAAAACUCAGGAGCAAUUCGUUGGUUGCAUCCGCAAUCUUAACAUCAACCGUAGCCUGUUGCGUUUUGGAUCAACACAGGCUAUUGGUAGCGUAACAGCUACUACGUGCCCAACAAUCUAAAGGGGUCAUGACCCAGACUGAUUACUUCAGGAUGUAGUGAAGACAUCCAAAUACAUUUCUUUGAAAUCUGCAUGCAAGUUGGUGGAAAUUUUCUUUGUUAUCUUAGCUUACUUACUUUUCUAUAAUAAUUUUAACGUAGUAAAUAGAAAACUAAUAAAUGCAUUCUGUGGGCACAAGUGCUUCAAAACGUAAGCCCGUUUUUAAACUAAA